CCCGAAGAAUUUGUGAUAGAUGAUUUAUUUUUGUGGAAGUGAUUAGUAUUUUCUAUAAUUUGAGAAAAACACUGGUUGCAUACCUAGGUUCAACGAUUGAACUCCCGGACACGGAAACUACAAAUGUGAAUUUAUGAUUUAAAAAAACACAAAAAAAAAAUCCGUCCACUGAUCCAUCAAAAGACGAUUACAAUUUGCUGAACGUUUUCGCAUACAGCGAACAAAAUGAUAAAAUGCUGGAACUAUUAUCUGCUUUUAUUUUUCUGUGUGUGGAAAAAUGUUGCCACUUUAACCGAUGACACACAAAAAGAAUCUGUCGUUUCAAAUCGCUACAAUACGUACAAAUACAAGCCGCAAACAAACUUAGCCCCACAACACUUAUCCAAUAAGGCUUCGCCAAGCUCGUAUGUUCAACAUGAACCCCAUUUGCAUACAGUUGAAUCAUCGGUAACAACUCAAAAAUCAUCUUCUGUGGGACUACAAGUCUCUAAUAAUGCUGCAUUCCAUACUGGAAGUGGUAGUGGAUAUUCGACUCAUUUAGAUCCACAUUUGCAUAGGAGUUCAUACAAUCUCUUAAGUGAAGCCAUGUCGCAGGCUGUCAGCAAUGAAUUCAAUUCAGUUGGAAGUGGCUCUGCAGAUGGAGCAUGUAACCCAGAAGAAAUUGACUGCUAUAAUGGAAAUGUUCAGGAUCGUUUUGGCAUGGAAGCAAUUGCAAGCUUGCAUCGUCAACUUGAUGAUGAUGAUAAUGGAAACAUUGAUUUGAGUGAAUCAGAUGAUUUUUUGCGGGAAGAACUGAAGUAUGACUCAGGCUAUGAAAAACGGCAAAGGGCGUUUCAUUUUAAUGAUGACAUGCAUAUAUCAGUCAAAGAGUUGUGGGAAGCUUGGCUAAGAUCAGAGGUUCAUAACUGGACUAUUGAACAGACUACAGACUGGUUGGCUCAGUCUGUGCAGCUCCCACAAUAUGUAGAACUCUUCAAAUUGCAUAAAGUUACUGGUGCUUCUUUGCCAAGGUUAGCUGUGAAUAACUUGCAGUAUGUCGGCAAUGUGCUUGGCAUCAAAGACCCCAUUCAUAAGCAAAAAAUAUCACUAAAAGCAAUGGAUGUAGUGCUCUUCGGUCCUCCACGAGAAACCGGUACACGUUGGAAGGACUAUAUAUUGGUGACUCUGUUGUUAAGCGCUAUUAUUGGCUGUUGGUAUGCUUACCAGCAAAAUAAAAAUGCCAAGCGUCACCUACGUCGUAUGGCUCAGGAUAUGGAAGGAUUGCAGAAAGCCGAACAAAGUCUACAGGAGAUGCAGAAGGAACUAGAGCGUGCUAGAAUGGAACAGGAAAAUGUGGCAACGGAAAAAAUGGACCUAGAACGGCGUCUUAAAGAGGCCCCCUCUCUUAGCUCAUCAAACUCAGACCUAGAGGUGUUGCAGUUGAAAAAAGAAGUGGAAAUGUUGCGAAAUGAAUUGUCGCGGGCCGAAUUCGAGUUGGUUGAUAAUUGCUGGGCCCCACCUCCGCAACUUCAAUCGUGGUUGCAAUACACAUAUGAACUAGAAAGUAAGAACCAUCAGAAGAAGCGCGCAUCUGCAGAGAAGCAGCUUCAGUCAGCAAGAGAGGCUUGUGAAAAAUUGCGUAAGAAGCGUUCGAGUUUGGUAGGAGCGUUUGUGUCUACCCACGGAAAAAGUAUUGAUGACGUUGAUCGUUCUAUUGUUGAGGCCCGCAAUGCUCUAGGAGAAGUAACAAAUGAACUACAAGAGCGAUUGCAUCGCUGGAAACAAAUUGAAACGUGCCUUGGAAUAAAUAUCGUAAAUAACAAUGGGUUGUCAUGUUUGGAAAAUGUGCUGUAUGGUCGCAAUGGUGGUUUCCAAAGUUCGAUUGGAGGAAGUGGUUCAAAAGGCUCAAGAACACGAAUUACUAGCAGUACUGAUGACCUAGAUGACGAGUCUGUGCAAGGUAAGCUGAACUUUGAGAACUUUUCGCUGCUCGCAACGGAAUAAACCUGCUGCGUCCGAUUGCACAACACAACUCAUCAAUAAAUACAAACAAACUGACAACUUACAGACAGUAAAAAACAGAGCUCGAUUGCUUUUUACUUAUUGAGUCUCAAUGAAAUUGUUGAAAAAUAAGAGAUUCUAUGUGUGUUUAUCAUUCAUGUAUUAAUGAUUAUGUAUAAAAUUGUAAUAUAGAUUUGUAUCUUAUAAUUGAUGAAGCUAAUAUUGCAUCCAUUAUGUUAUAUGAAGAUAUUUUUCAAAAACAAGCACAAAUGACGUGAUAUACUUUGAAAAUAUGCACGUAUUGAAUGUACUUAUAAAUAAUUUACAAUAAUCGUAGUGUGUUAAAUAAAUUAAACGCUAAUCUUUUUUAAUGGCUUGCCGCUACCUUCAGAACUUUUUAUUACUUUGCAGAGAGAAUACAUCUUAAAAUAUGCCAUUCAGUUAAAUUGUAAUAGUUGAUUGUCUUCCUAAAUUUAAUACAUUUACAUCAAUGUAUACUAAAAUGUAUAAAAUUAUUGUUAAAAUAUGUGUUAACUUUUUCUCUGACACUUAACCUACAGAACUGAACCAGACAAAUUGCUCAUAUUGGACGGAACUUUUCUAAAUGUUGACGUUCCCAA